AUGCGCUGGCUUACCUCUACGGCAUGGGCCCUCGCGGUGGGCUCAAGCUUGGCGACGGCCCACAAAGCGAUGCACUUUGCAAUGGAGCAAAACCUCGAGAUGAUGCCCCAUACCCAUUCGGCUCGGGGACUACCAGCUCCCGGCAAAAAGGGAGUGAUGCUUAUGAACCGGAUUGGUCCGUCGUCAUCGGAGCUGUACGUGGCCAAUAUCGACGGCAGCAACGAGCAGAAACUGCUGGGAAACAACUCCAGAUUCGACUACCAUGCUUCUUUCUCACCCGAUGGACAAUGGAUUACCUUCACCUCGGAGCGCAAUGGCGACGGGAAUUCGGACCUCUACCGCUGUCGCGCGGACGGCUCCGGGCUGGAGAAGCUGGUGGCAACCCCCUCUGUCGAGGAUGCAGGUGUGCUGUCGCCCGAUGCCAGCAAGGUGGCAUGGGUCUCCACAGCGAACGGAUACACGACCAAUGUCUGGGUGAUGGAUCUUACGACGGGCGAACAACGCAACCUCACCAACCUGGAGGGAGUCAAGGGUGACCCGACGAAACCCAAUGGCUUCUUCCGUCCCAGCUGGUCGCCCGAUGGCGAAUGGCUUGCGUUCUCCUCGGAUCGCAACACCGAAUGGCGUGGACACGGGAAUGGUACAGGCUGGGAGCAUACACAGGAGUUGUCGGUGUAUGUCAUCCGGCCAGACGGAAGGGACUUUCGGAAGAUCGCAUCCAAGGAGGGCUGGAGUCUAGGGUCUCCCAGGUGGUCGCCAGAUGGCUCGCGGAUCAUCUUCUACGAGAUUACGACGGAAAACACAUGGGACGCACAUCGGCCCGAAUCGGUCGCCAGUGCCACUUCGCAGAUUGUGUCCGUCGACUUUGCUACGGGACUGGAUCGGAUCCAGCAUACGAGUGGAACGGGGGUGAAGGUCUCUCCGCAAUACGUAACCGCAGACAAUAUUGGGUACCUGGUGAAGGGCGGAUCGAACGAAGGCAUCCACUACACGGCGGAGAGCUCAACUCGCGCUGUGAUCAAUGGGACAAUGCGCUCGCCGUCCUGGUCGCCGGACGGCAAGUCCGUUGUCUAUGAGAAGUCGGAGUUCGAGGCGCGUGCAAUGGAGAAGAAACUCUACAGCUGGGAUCCCGAGUGGGAAUACCGCUUUACCGACGUGUUCCCGGAUCUGUCGCAACAGGGUCGACUGGCGAUCACACAGAAGCAACUCGGCAACUCCAGCAUCGUCACCAUGAGACCCGACGGAAUGGACCAAAAGCUUGUCUUCGACCCACUGACCCAAAGCAACAUCAGCUCCAGCGAGGUCGGCCAGGGCCUCGCCGGCGCAUUCCAGCCCACCUGGUCCCCCGAUGGGGAAUGGAUUGCCUUUGGUAUUGGGGCCUGGUUCCAGUCACGCGCGACGGGGAAGGGAUACAUUGCGAGAGCCAAAGCAGACGGAUCAUAUUAUGAGAUCCUCACCAACGGUACAAUCAAUGCGGGAUUCCCUAGCUACUCGUUGGAUGGACGAUACUUGGUCUACCGCGUAUGGGGUGCGGAGUUUGGGCUUCGUAUCAUGGAUGUGACCGAUAAGAGCGUUCGCGUUUUGACUACCACCCGGGACAACCUUCCAUUCUACUCGCCUGAUGGGCAGCGAAUCGUCUUCACACGUCGGACGAGCUACACCAACUUUGACGUGUGUACUAUACGUCCGGAUGGGUCGGACCUGAAGGUGCUCACAUCGAGCGGAGCCAACGAUGCCCAUGCGACAUGGACAGCGGACGGCCGCAUUCUGUAUGCAAGCGGCAUGUACGGAUUCCGGGAUGAAGCCGCCAUUUAUGACAACACCUUCCAGCCGUACGGUCAGAUAUUCGUCAUGAAUGCAGACGGCUCGAAUAAGACUAUCCUCACCGACAGUAUCUGGGAGGAUUCGAUGGCGUUGUACCUACCCAAUGAGGUGCUUGAGUAG